GGGGGCGUGGCUUCUUACUGUUGAGUUCCUCGCCAUCUCGAUCUACGACGGGAUAGGACAGGAGGGAACGCCUGGGCAGCAUGUAGCUGGGCUUGUUAGGCGGCAUAUUAUUUCGUUUCCGAAACAUUUCUGCAUGUUAAUACCGAACUAGGAGAGGGCAAACAACGAUGUUAUUGUGUAAGAGACCAAGUGGUUCGGUGAUCCAGCUCAUGAACUCUUGCGGAGGACUGCAAGUUGGAAGGAGGGACGUCACCUGGAUAUUGCAUAAUCGUACCUUUGCCAGAUCAAGGUUUGAUUAUGGAUAUUCGCAAAGCCGUGCGGCUUUGUUUUCGCAGCCAAAAAGGAGUGAGAUCCUGGACGGCGCGUUCAGCACUGAAGCCCGGGCGUUCAGUCUUUUUAUUCCGGCGCAUUUUGUGAAAAUGACGCCGAAACCUCAUCCCGCCGCGACCCUCUUUACAGGUGCUAUGGGUAAUCGCCGCGUUCAGCCUCCUAUUAUGACGGGACCCUUGCAAGCCGGGAGGCUUGGCGGGGUAGGUGCCGCAGGACCGAUUGCACUCCCGCCGGGGAAGGGACCCAGCGCCCUCCGGUGCCCUGCAACCGGGGUAACACUGAGAGCGUCAUCCGCCGCCGCCGCGGAGAAGCGCAAAGAAGGCGUAGAAGGCACCGUUGCAGAAGUAAACGCGGCAGAUCAGCCUUCAGAUGGCGCCCCCGGCCAAGUCCCGCAGGAGCUCAGCAAGGCCCAGCAGCUCAAGAAGGUUUUUAAGGAGUACGGAGCGGUGGGGGUGGCCUUCCACGUCGGGAUUUCGCUUAUGUCCCUGGGAAUGUGCUACGUGGCCGUUUCCAGUGGGAUCGACGUGACAGCCCUGUUUUACAAGCUGGGCUUCGCAGAGGCGCUGGUCCAGUCCAAGGUCGCCGCGGGAACGAGUACGUUCGUAUUGGCGUACGCCGUACACAAGCUUUUUGCACCGGUGCGCAUCAGCAUCACACUGGUGUCCGUGCCCCUCCUCGUGCGCUAUUUCCGGAGGGUGGGCCUCUUCAAGCCACCAGCCUCCAGCCCCCGAUAGAUCUGCCCAGCACUUCCCCCCAAUGCCCCGCUGUCCUGGCAGCCGGGUCCUGGUGCCUUCUCGCCAUUGCACCCUGCCACCUGCAAGGCUGUACUCAGGGUGUCUUAUUUUCACGAUUCACUACGGCAGGAUUGGUAUCUGUGCUUGUGACAGGAGUGACAGUUCUACCCCCUCUUUCCUCCAGUCCACUGGCAGCAUAAACGCCUCUUUUUUUUUUUUUAAAUAAAUGUGUGAGUCCCUAAUGCUUUCGAAGGAAAAAUGUGAAAAAGCACUAAAGCUACAUUUAUAGAUAAUUUAAAGGAUAUAGACCAUAAGAAUCUUUAGUAACCAACGGAGAACUGACUCUGCAGCUGAAAGAGGACCGUUUGCCUUCUCAUGCUGACAUGAGACACUUGACCCAGAGACUUUUUUUAACAAGACAAUGUUAGAUAGCCGACAAUGUGUGUGGUGGGGGUGUCUUGUGUCUAAGGGCGAGAAACUGACCACAUCCUUAAGGGCGGAGUCUGACACUAACGUUCUGCAAAGCUCCUUGGUUUGUUUUUGUUGUCAUUGAAUUAUUCAAGUUUCUUUAAUUUCUCAGUAAAACAAUCCUGAUUUUGUACUUAAAAAAUUAUUUAUGAGUUAGAAAGGAAAAAUAUAACAGGGCCACAGUGAUCAAACAUUCAGGACCUUAGCAGUGACCAAAUCAGAUUACAGGAGAGGGAGCUGGUGCUCAGAGAUGGACCGGGGAGGGGCUCCUGAGUGUGAUUCUGACUUAAUAUUUUCAAAGACUUCAGGGCUGUUCUGUUCUGUUUAAUUCAUGCACUGGGUUUAACUGGUUGAUUUGAACCAGGAAAUUGUCAAACCUUGGCUCUUAAUUGUUUAGUUAGGAACUAACCAUUUCUGAGAAGAAAUUCAGUGCGUCUGCAAUAAAAAAAUGGACUUUACAAA